AUGGACGACUACGGGAGGCUGGCGCUGGCCGUGGCGGUGGUGGCAGCGGUGGCGGGCACGAGCGGCGGCGCGGCCGCGUGGGGCUGGCAGCAGCAGCCGCUGGCGCCGUGCAUGUACAUCUUCGGGGACUCGCUGGUGGACAACGGCAACAACAACGACAUCCUGAGCCUGGCGCGGGCCAACUACCGCCCCUACGGCAUCGACUUCCACGAGGGCCCGCCGGGGCGCUUCACCAACGGCCGCACCAUGGUCGACUUCCUCUCCGACAUGCUCCGCCUCCGCCCGCCGCUCCUCCCGCCCUACGCCACGGCGAGGCCGGAGGACCUCCCCCGUGGCGUCAACUUCGCGUCGGGGGGCUCCGGCAUCCUGUCCGAGACAGGAAACAACCUGGGCGGGCACUACCCGUUGUCGGAGCAGGUGGAGCACUUCCGCGCGGCGGUGAGCGACAUGGGGAACACGUCGGAGUUCCGGGGCAACGCCACGAAGGUGGCGGCGCACCUGGGCCGCUGCAUCUUCUUCGUCGGCAUGGGCAGCAACGACUACCUCAACAACUACUUCAUGCCGAACUACUACGACAGCGCGCGCAGGUACAGCCCGCGCGACUACGCCGCGCUCCUCCUCCAGGGCUACUCCGCCCAGCUCACCCAGCUCUACGGCCUCGGCGCCCGCAAGUUCGUCGUCGCCGGCGUCGGCCUGAUCGGCUGCAUCCCUUACGAGCUCGCUAGGAUGAACGACGACAACCGACCGUCGUCUGGGCCUAGUAAUCAGUCCGCGGUUGCUACCGAGGACAUUGCUAUAUCCAUUGGCAUCGGCGGCGGCGGCGGUAUCGGCAUCAGCAUCGGCAAAGGUGGCGGGAGAUCACCGUCGAUGCCAUCCCCAUACAAAGACGGAGACGGACGCAACGGCAACGGCAACGGCAAUGCAAACCCAGCCCCUGACGCCGCCGGCGGGUGCAACGAGACGAUCAACAGCGCGAUCGACAUCUACAACAAGGGCCUUCUGGCCAUGGUGAAGCGCUUCAACAACGGCGGCCCGCAGCAGCUGCGCGGGGCCAAGUUCGUCUUCCUCGACACCGUGCAGAGCGGCAAGGACCUGACGGCGAACGCCGCCGCACACGGGUUCACAGUGCUCAACCGCGGCUGCUGCGGCGUGGGCCGGAACAAUGGGCAGAUCACGUGCCUGCCCCUGCAGCGGCCCUGCGACGACCGGAGCAAGUACAUGUACUGGGACGCCUUCCACCCCACGGAGGCGGUCCACAGGAUCUACGCCUCCAAGGCCUUCAGCUCCAACUCCACCGCCGAAGUUUACCCCAUCAACGUCAGCCAGCUCGCCGCCAUUUGA